AUGAUUCGGAGAAGACUUGAGCAUAAAGCCAAAAUUGCCUUCUUAAGGUUUUGGUCUCCACUUGAUCACCGCCACCAGCCAUCGUACACCGACCUCGUUUUGCUAGCUGAGGACGGAGCUUCUGAGUCCGCCGUUCCUAUCCCGGCUCAUAAGGCCGUUUUGGUGAAUCGUUCGCCAGUGUUCAAAGCGAUGCUGGAGAAUGAGAUGGAAGAAAAGCGGAGUGGCACAGUAAAGAUCAGUGAUGCAUCAUACGAUGCUCUUUGUGCAUUUAUCAACUAUAUGUACACCGGUGAAGUAUGUCUUGAAGAGAAAAUGGCCUGUGAACUUUUAGAAUUGGCUGAAAAAUACGAGGUUAAGCAUCUUAAAGCAUACUGUGAGAAGUUCCUUGUAUCCAAGUUGAACUGGGACAAUUCUAUCAUGAGCUACGUGUUUGCAUACCAACACAACGCAAAACAUCUACUUCGUGCAGCUUUAUCAUUGAUCACAGACAAUAUGAGCAAUUUCACUAGAAGGGAUGAGUAUAUGGAGCUUGUUGAAACGGAGCCUCGCCUUGUAGUGGAAAUCUACGAAGUUUACCUCUCCAAACAGGUCAAUGCUGCGGCCCAGGAGUCUUUCCUCAGCAUGUCGCAUUAAGCAAGUCUUGUUUUCUUGGUGUCAUGAUCUAAAGCAAGAAAUAUUCUUUUUCUGAGAUGGGGUAUGAGUUAUUUGUCACGUAACGUUACGUUUGAAUCCAUAUAUUGGAACACUCUGUUAGAAGAACCGCAUGGAUGGGGAACGUUAUCAAAGAAAAAGAAAUAUUGAUUACACUUGCAUAUAAAGAACUCUUUUGCAUCUUUGUGUUCAUACAAAAUUCCUGCUACAUUGGAUUGUCUAUAUCAACAAUUACAAUUUCAAUCUAUUUAUUACACUUUCAGAACAAGAGAAAGUAAUU